GGGAGAGAAAUCCAGCAGUGACCCAGCGUGACCUCAAUCUUUCUCUCAAGAAAAUUUGCAGAUUUUACGGAAGGCGAGCACUUCGUUUCGUGUCUAAAAAGACUUAAAAAUGCGUUACGUGGCCGCUUAUCUCUUGGCUGCCCUCGGUGGCAAUGCCUCUCCAUCAGCCAGUGACAUCAAGAAGAUUCUGGACAGUGUGGGUAUUGAGGCAGAUGAUGCUUAUCUCAACAAGGUCAUCAAGGAACUCUCCGGCAAGGACAUCGAAGAGGUCAUCGCUGAAGGACAAUCUAAGCUAGCCUCUGUACCCACUGGCGGGGUCGCCGCAGCAGGAGGCGGCGGUGGCGCAGCAGCCGACAAAGGAGAAGUAGCUGCAGAGAAGGAGGAGGCGAAAGUGGAAGAGGAGGAAGAAUCUGAUGACGAUAUGGGCUUCGGACUCUUUGACUAGACAGGCCCAUCACUGCUACAUCACGCUGCCUGCACCUGCCGUUUACCACAAAUUAAAUUGGUGUUCGUCUUCGUCGAUCCAUGUCGAGUUUUACAUAUGAUGUUCAUCAAUCAUAUGUACACGCAUUUUUUGUGUGGGAAGCGGCAUGUUUUGUUUUAAGUGGAUAAAAACCCUACAAACAUUCAAUUUAAACGUUGAAAAAAACAGUUGAAAGAAGCCCUGGUUCUGAUUGGUCUCCUGUAGUGGGACGCUGGUCUGGGCUGAUGGGUACUUUUUAUCAUGGUUGCAAGUGUGGCAUUACAUCAAAAGUGAUACAAAAAUAAAGCAAAAAUCAGUGGUUGGUUUUUAAGUUAAAA